GUUUUAUUCUCAUCUUGUAUACUGACCACAACAGUCACUAGAUUGUUACCAACAAAAAUGAUUAAAAUAUUAUUUUAUGUAAUAAUUAGUGUCUCUAGUGUAUUUGGCUAUUUUACACUACCAGGAAAAUGCCCUGAAAAUGUGAAGUUGCAAGAAGAUUUUAGAUUGGCAGAAUUCUACGGCAAAUGGUACCAGGCCUAUCACUACUCCAGUGAUGGUAGGAACAAUAACAACUGUUCUACCAUCAACCUGAUCACUAAGCCCACCGGAGUGUACUUUAACCAGUCCAGGGUGGACAGAGGCCUCUUCCAUCGUUACAGCAUUGGAAAGUUCGAGAUCCCUAUUAAUAUAGAGGAAGCUGCAAAGUUAGAUGUUACUUUUGUUUGGGAUAACGCUCCUAGGAGACUGAAAACGAGGAGAUACAAUUUCCACGUCCUCGCUACCAACAACAAUUACUAUGCCACUGCUUACACUUGUCAAUACAGUCCUUUAAUAGACAAACACUUCAUUUAUGUAUGGAUCCUCUCAAGGAAUAUAAUAUUGAACGACGUCUCGAAAGAAUUAGCGAUCAAACCUCUUCAGCAGAUUGGUGUGACGGCUGCAAAUUUAGUGAAGGACGAUUUGUCUAAAUGUACUCCAAAAUACUAUGAAGAUAUCUCUGUCGAACCUACGACGUUUAGGUACCCCGUUCCUAUUUAGAAACUGAUGAUUGCUUUUGACUAUAUUUUUGAAAUUCGUCAUGUUAUUUAAUUCAUUGUGAUUUUAAAGAAGUGUUUGAUAUUGUAAGUCUUAUACGAAUAUAAUUUGUUGAAAUAUAAUUGGUUUAAAAGA